AUGGCAAAGAUCAAGUCGAUUGAGUACUUCCGUGUCCCUCCACGCUGGCUAUUCGUCAAGGUGGUUGAUGAAGAUGGCAAUUAUGGCUGGGGUGAGAGCACCCUUGAAGGGCACACCGAGGCCGUGGAGGGCACCUUGAACGCCCUAUGCAAGCGUUUUCAGGGUUACGAGGCCGAUGAUAUCGAACACAUUUGGCAAAUGUCCUGGCGUUUAGGCUUCUACCGAGGCGGCCCAGUCUUCAUGUCCGCCAUUUCGGGAAUCGAUAUCGCUCUCUGGGACCUUAAGGGCCGUCGACUUGGAGUCCCCAUCCACCAACUUCUUGGCGGCAAAGUCCGCAACAAACUGUCCGUUUACGCGUGGAUUGGUGGCGACCGACCCUCCGAUGUAGAAGCCGCCGGCAAGGCCCGUCUCGCUCAGGGGUUCAAGGCCAUCAAGAUGAACGCCACAGAGGAUGUGAACUGGCUCGAUUCUCCCAGCGUCCUAGACUCCAGCGUCGAGCGUCUGAAGACCGUCAAGGCGCUCGGCCUGGACGCAGCCCUCGACUUCCACGGCCGACUCCACAAACCGAUGGCGAAGCAACUGGCCAAGGCACUUGAGCCGCAUCGGCCAUUAUUCCUUGAGGAGCCGCUCCUCUCGGAACACCCCGAGGCGAUUAAACAGCUCGCCGACCAGGUCUCGUGUCCGAUCGCGCUUGGGGAGCGUUUGUACAGUCGCUGGGAUGUGAAGCGUUUCUUAGAGGAUGCAAGCGUGGACAUUCUGCAGCCCGAUAUCGCCCACUGCGGUGGCAUCUCGGAGCUGAGACGGAUAGCUUCCAUGGCGGAGACCUACGAUGUCGCGAUUGCGCCACAUUGCCCGCUGGGACCUAUUGCCUUGAGCGCGUGCAUGCAGGUUGACUUGGCGACGCCGAACUUUGUCAUCCAGGAGAUGAGUUUGGGCAUGCACUACAAUACAGAGGCGGGAGAGUACGAUAUCACCAGCUACGUCAAGGAUGCGAGUGUAUUUGCGGUAAAAGAUGGAUAUGUAGACGCUCUCACAGCGCCGGGGCUGGGGAUUGAGGUUGAUGAGGAGACGGUAAGACGAGUGGCCGCGAAUGCAGAGCCCUGGCUGCCGAAGGAGUUCUAUGGCUCCGAUGGUGGAAUCCGCGAAUGGUAG